GUACUACGCCGUAUUCCGACACUAUUUGAAAUUGGAUCUCCGAGAGGGGGGAAUAAUCGAAAUUGCUUGUAGAUUGAGGGUUUCCAUUUUUGCUUGGCGGGUUCAGUGUGUCUUUUCUUUGACCAUGCAACCUCGUCUCACCGCUCCUAAUAAAACGCUUUCUUUUUCAAAAGCGAGACGUCAAACGUCGAACUCUGUUUCGCCCAUUUCACCGGAAAUUCGGUCACCUUCAUUCGACCUUUCCGACCCGCUUUCAACCCGGUUCGCUCAACAAACCACUCUCACAUCCACCGUCUCCAACCCAGCCGUGGCUAUCAAACCAAGCCUCAGUUCCACUCCAUCGUCUCUCUUGCGUAAACAGUCCGAUCCGAGUAAUCUGUUCACAGCAGCACAGACAGCGGCAUUGAGAACGCUGUGUUCCAAUAUUGCCCUGGAUCUUCACGAUUCCUCUUUUUGGUCAUCGCUCUUGCUGCAACAUAAAUACCCCGUCACUCACACACCUCAGGACGCCUACGACGUUGAAAUGGCGACUGUAGGUUUAGCCAUCGACUUGGCUGCGAAUAACUUGCGUACAUGCAAUUUCAACAAGCUCUGUCUUUAUUUACUAAGUCUGCUUCGUGAACUGAAAAGUCAUCCGCAAACCAUACCUGUUCAGACAUACAAUGCACUCUUCUUGUUUCGUGUCUUUUCAAAUCAUUUUGCAGGCAACCUGACAAACGACGAGAUGAUGGAUCAAUUUGAAGGUUUUUAAUUUUUCUUUGUGAAGAGAACAAUGGAAGCAUCAAUCGUUUCUCACCAACCAUCCCAAUCUCUGCAUCAGGCACAGUCAAUCAUGUACAUAACCAAGCACCAUUCAUACCAGACAACGACAAGCUCGCGAUUGAUCCAGAAGUACAAGAGGAUACGAGACCGA